AUGGACUCAUCCAUGGCCAACUCGACCAACUGUGCCAACCUGAAACAUGGCUACAACAGCUCCGCAGACGGCUACAUUCCCGGCAAAUUGCCACUACCUGACGACUUUUUCCCCGUGCCACAACUCAGCUCCAAAGAGAACAAAUAUCUACUAGGUCUCGCGAAACACGCCUGCAAGGAAGUCGUGUACUACUCGAGACAAGACGAUGGGCCUAUGAAAUGGCUACAUUUAUCAUCAGAAGACGGUGUGGACGUAUUUCAAGGUGUGGACAACUCCGGGACCAGUGAUACGCAACAAGAUGCCAAGGCACUUACCUAUUUGCGCGGGUCUUGCAAAAUUCGUGCAACAAUCGAUGAGAUUUCGGACUUUUUCAAACUUGACACCCCCGAGAAAUUAUCAGGUUUUGCGCAAACCGUAGGCAAAGACUUGCUGGAUCAAAAGACGCUGCUGACUCUUGCAACUCCCACACCGGAUAACCCAAAACAUUACGUCGCAGUCAAGUGGACAGCAGUGGAAUCUCCUAAUAAACUCGUUCGACCCCGCGACUUCUGCUACAUCGAGUGUCACGACGAGUUUAUUGACGCCAACACGAAGCGACGGGGCUGGGUGAGGAGCAUCCACUCCAUCCGUCUACCAUUCUGUCCACCUUUGAACCGUAGCCACGGUCUCGUCCGUGGCAGCUUCUAUCGAUCCGGAUAUAUCUUCACCGAGUCGGCCGAGAAAGGGUGUGUGGACGCAGUGCACACGUUGCAUGUGGACAUCAAAGGGAACGCCCCUAAUUGGCUAAAAAUUCUGGUGAUGAAGCGUCGCAUCAAGAAUAUUGCCCAAGUGAAUCACCAUUUCCAAUUACAGCGCUUGACACAAGAAAAGUUACUCGGAGACUUGGAGUUGCCUGGGAAAGAGGGCGUUACGCACUGUCAGCUCUGUGAGACGCGGUUCGGGUUGUUCCAUCGUCGGCGGCUGUGUCGAAAGUGUGGCAAAGUCGUCUGCAACCCUUGCGGCAACGAAUAUCUGCUGGAUUACGCCCGCGUUGGUGCUAAAAAGGUGCGCAUCUGUUUGGAAUGUUCCGAAUCCGUAGUGUAUGGUGUCAGUGUACCCAUGAUGGACGGUUCGAUUCGAAUUGUCGACAGUGGCGUCAAAAAGCUAGACGACAGUCAAGUGCGCCCUGCAUACGAUGAGUCGAUGAUUAUUCUUGAGAACCGACACCAUUCUAUCGACGAGAAUGAAUUUUAUUUCGAGAACGAAGAUGUCAAUGGAUUGGCUGAUAUGGAGGAAGCGAAGCGUAUGAAUAAAGAAUUCGACAAUAACGCCAAGUCUUUGCUUGGUAUGAACAGUGCGUCGGGUGAGACGUUGCCAGUUGAUACUCCAUUAGAUGACGAGGAACUAGGCCUGCCACCUAGUAAGAGUGAACAGAUGCGUAAACAGUUGCAGUACGAAGAGCAAAUGCGUCGCGAACAUAUUGAACGUGCGAAGAAAAUGCACCAAUUCCGUUCCUCAGGUGUUGGAACUGGUUCGGAUCCUCCUGUACGUCAUCAACCAGAGCUGGGGUCUCCGUACACUUCUCUAAGUGACUCAAAUCUCGCUGGCGCGUUCACAACUCGCCGUCGACAUCGCAGUGACGACCUGGAAGACCGAGACGACGAAGCUUUCCGGUUGGCCAUGUCCGCUAUGCGGCUGUAUGAAGAAGAACGCGGUGCUAGUCUACACGUCACGGAGGAGACAAGACAAGCAGCUUUAGCCAAGAUGAUGGAAGUCUACGCACGGGAGAUCGAACGUAGUCACAAUACCGAGGACGGCCCUUACAAUCGAGGAACUAUCUCGGACACACGUCGUCUUCAUCACGACGUAGGCAUCGCGCCUCCGCUACGACGAACGGUGAGUGACGACCGUCCGCCGUCCUUUUACGGCUCUCCGCUGCAUAAGAAUAGCGAAGACGCUCACGAGUACAGAGACCUGUCGGACCUCACGUCUAGCGCGUUCCAGGCCUUCCAGAUGAACUCUCUUGGUCCCAGAGAUGUUCCGAAAAUACCGGUUGAUCGGGAAUCCUCAAGUACGACCCAUGUACAGCUCAAGUCGGACACGUCGGGAGCUGCGUACGGCAGUGUGGAGAGUAGCGAAGUGUCCAACUUGAUCUCCCGACCCAAUUCCAUGUAUGGAGUGGCCUCCGAUACAUUCAGUGACAUGGACUUCACUGACCUCCCACAUUUAAUGCGGAAGGACGACGCUGCUGGUACUCGAAGUUCGUUUACGGAUCUCCAACAUUGGACUGAGGUACCGUCAGAGAACGGAGGAGUCGAGUACGUUCCGGAACCUUGGUUGAGUGACCUACUGUCUCCACUUCACUUGGAGGGCGUGCAACACGUAGACGACGACGAUAGUGAGAGUCAGUCGUCCAACGCAUCGUCUCAACUCGACUGGCAGAACUCCAUGUCGAAUCCGUACCAAGAUCCUCAAAUAACGGAUUCUGAGUCCUCGUUCGUGCGAGCGUACUCAAAUAACUGCCAGAAUGAGGCGGAAUCGUACUCAGAUCUUACCAACACGAACAACGCACUGUCAGCGAGUAUGGUUACGCAAAACGACGAGCCACCGCGACGUCAGUACCGCAAGCCUCCGUCACUGUCGGAACUCUUGUCGGAAUAUUGCGAUAGCGAACGCUCGUCACUACCGUCUUACCUGGAAUUCGGAGGACAGGCCGAACUGGAGCCUGAGUAUCUUGAGGCCAUCGCGAAUGCGACCAAUCAAGAUGAUGUCCCAGUAGAAGGAGGAAGACGAGGGCAUGUACGGAGAAGGUCAAGUAUCCCAUCUGAGCUGGAAGCCAUGACGUCACGUGAACUUUUCUUGUAG